CGGCACUGGGAGGAGGAGGGAUUACACAUGUGCUCAUUCUGCUGCUGCACAUCUCACCAUUACACAUGGCUCUGGCUUUAUCAGCACAUAAAGCACAUAAAGCACUCAGUGUGACUGCACCACAGUCCCGUCAGGCAGUGCUUAGAUCCAGGUAGCCAGGGGCAAGUGUCUGUACAGGGAAAGCGGUGCUUUGGAGACAGCGGAUGGGUAGCUAAAUGCUACUGUUCAGGGAUCACUGGUGAAUGUUCUCCAUUUUUAAAAUCAAAAUGGUCUGCUAAUGGAGAGAGGGCUUCAAAAAAAAUGGAUUAUCUUUAACGUCACAUUUUUGUGGUUUUUGAUGAAAACAGGUCCAGCGUUAAGUUAUUUGGGAAUAGUAACUGCCAGUCCUGGGGUUCUCCUGCCUCUGGCAUCCUCUGUCAAUAUUACCUGCUCUCUCUCAUGGAUUGCCAGAAGCCUCAAGAUUGAGAAAAAGAACAGCACCCACAGUUUCUUUAUAAGGCAGCUCUUCAAUACUAACACCAUCACUGUGCAUGACAACGAGCUGUCUCCUCGGCAGGCAACAUAUAUGUGCCUCGCAGAUAAGAAAAUUGUGAAUGGAAUAUAUGUGGAGGCUGGAGUACCUCCAGAUCAACCAACAAUUUUGAACUGUGAACAGGAAGGUGAAUUAGGAAGGAUUUAUUGCUUAUGGAAAGAAGGAAGGGAAACUUUCAUCCAGACCAAUUACACACUUCAGUUAUGGCAACGGAGAGGAGAACGUAAUGUGACUGUUGACAGUGUGAGGCAUGGUGGUGAAUAUAUCGCUGUGGUUACUGCAUCUAAUGGGCUUGGAAGUAACUCCUCACAUCCUUAUGCAUUUACCUUCUUUGAUGCAGUGACACCGCACCCACCAAACAAGACAAUCGUGUGUGAUAUUGUUUCAAGUAAUUGCAUUGUGACUGUACAAGACCGUCAAAAUUCAUCCCACUUCCAAAUAAGAUAUCGACCUACUGAUGGCACAAAGUGGCAACGGGUUGAAAUUAAAAGAAAGAACAGCUAUACUUUGGAGGAUCUGCAGCCGUUCACAAAAUAUGAGUUUCAGGUUUCCUGUAAAUUCCUGAUAGAUAGAGGAAAAUGGAGCAAUUGGAGCCAGCCAGUCAUAAUACAGACUGCAGAAGGAGUGCCAAAUGGAAUGCUGGAUGUGUGGUACCGCUGGUCAGAUAUUGAUAGCAACAGGCGGAAUAUCAUUCUUUUCUGGAAGCCCAUGAGCACAACUGAAGCAAGAGGCCUGAUACGACACUAUGAAGUGUUAUUUUACAGAGGGAGUGACAGGAGCCCUGUGCACAAUUCCACCACCAGGGACACUUGGCUCAGCAAAGACAUUGACAGGAGAAGUGACAGGACAACAUAUGUCAUAGUGGUGUCAGCUCAUAACUCAAAAGGAAACUCCCCUCCCACACACAUCAAUGUAACCACUGAAGACAUUUCAGGUCAGCCUUCUCCUGUCAAUGUGGUGGCUAAAUCCAGUGGCAAUGAAAAUAUGACUGUUUCCUGGGAGAUACCACAAGAUGAUGAAACCUUAGAUGUGGAUUACAUAGUGGAAUGGAAGGAACAGAGGGAAAAACAUCCAAGUUACACAUACUGGGUAAAGGUUUCCAAGACGAGUCGAUCUGCAACCAUAUCAGGCAACUUAAGUCCCUAUGUGUGUUAUGAAUUCCGAGUGUAUCCUCUCUGGGAAGGAAGAGCUGGAAUACCUACCAUAACAACAGGUUCUAUCAAACAAGAAGCUCCUUAUGUUGAUCCUGAGUUUCAUUAUGAGGUACAGAAACAUAACAGCAUAUUGAUCACAUGGAAGAAAAUCCCACCAGACAAACGUAGGGGGUGUAUUGUGGAGUACACCAUAUACAUGCAAAGCAUGUCUUCAUCUAAGCAAUUUAAAAUUCCUGUUAAUCAGUCCAUGAAAUAUCAGUAUGAGAUCUCAAACAUUCAGUCAAAUGUACGAUAUGUCCUUAGAAUGAGCGCUUCAACUACAGCUGGGGAAAGCCUUGGAAACCUGGGGAAGGAAGUAUAUCCUGAUGGAGCAGGUUUCAAUCAAGGGUUCCUGAAUGUAUUAGUAAUUACUCUACCAUCUGCAUUUAUACUGAUCUGCCUAUGUUCCAUACCAUCAUUAAGAGAAAGAUUGAAGUGCUUUCUCUACAGUUGCAACAAGAAAGUUCCUGACCCGGCGAAUUGCCAUUGGGCUUCUGCAUUGACAAAGGACAAGCACAAAUUGGAACAGUUUUCAAGUCCCUUAACAAGUACAUCAAACUAUGAUGAAACGGAAACCUUGGAAGCAGAGGAGGUAGAAGAGGUUGACAGCAAUGAUGAACCACCAUUUACCCCUGCUAUGUACAUAGAAUAUGAAACCAAUGCAGUAUUACUUGUUGAGGAAAUCAAUGUGCCCACCACAAAGGCAGAAAUUCCAGUGGUGCCUAUUCUGUCCUCAGAGGGUUGUUGUUACAAGUCUUUACAGCCUAAAGAAGUGGUCAGUCUGGACUUUGUGUCGGAUUACUUGGUCAACCAAGAGAUAACAGUUGACUAUCUGCCAACAGACAUCUUGAGUGGCAAUAGUGAAAAUGAAGAAGAGAGCAUAAUAGAUGAAACUUUGUCUCUAGAAUUUUUAAUGCCCAAACUCCAUGUAGGUGAAGGGAUGCUUAGGCUGGAUGCUGUAACAAUCCGUUCACUUGAUAUAAUGGGGUAAGCGGUUUAUACAGUUAUGGUAUUAAUUCUAAUACUUUAAAAAUAUUUCCAAAUCCUGGAUUUUCAUAUAGAAUACAGAAGCUUAGGCAAUGCUCCAGAUUGUCAGUCAUGCCUGGACUUGGCUCAAUGCCAUUCAAGGACCUUAUCGUUGACCAGGUCCCGAGCAUUCUGGAUAACAGGUCUCAUUCUUGUACAAAGUAUACAUUAAUAUGCUGCCAGAUAUGUUCAUAGCUGAAAGUUCAUGGUGGGGUUUCACAUCCAGCUAAAAAUGACACCAUUAAGCUUGCUUUUAAGCAAAGUAGAGGUUUUCAAACAUUUCAUUUUAAACUCUUCUUUUCUGCAAUAGGUUCUCCAAAAUAAAAAAUGACCAUUCACA